AUGGCUGCAUGCAAUUUUGACAUGCAAUUUAUAUUUGCAUGUGUUGGAUGGGAAGGCACGGCUCAUGACACAAGGAUAUUUCUAUCGGCUUUAUGUGAUCAAAGUUUGAAUUUUCCUAAACCUCCAUCUGGAAAAUAUUAUCUAGUAGAUGCGGGAUACCCACAAAUGAGAGGCUACUUAGGACCAUAUAAAGGUGAAAGAUAUCAUCUUCAUGAUUUUCGUAGGGGUGUUCAACCGAUGGGUCAUAAAGAGGUAUUCAAUCAUGCACACUCUUCCCUUAGAAGUGUUAUUGAACGCACUUUCAGAGUAUGGAAAAAGAGAUGGAGUAUUUUACGAGACAUGCCUAGUUAUCCUUUUGCAAAACAAGUAAAAAUCGUUAUUGCAACCAUGGCACUUCAUAACUAUAUAAGAAGACAUGCCAAACGUGAUUGUCAUUUUGAUGAAAGUGAAGAUGACCUAAAUGGUAUUCAAGGUGAAGAAAUUGAGAUAGAGGUUGAUGCACAACAAGAAGAUGGUCCUGCAACACAAGAAAUGGAGGCAUUGAGAAAUCAUAUAGCCGCAAGUAUAAUGAGUUCAUCUACAUAG